GAGGCUACUGUGUAUUAACAACUCGAAACCAGUCCGGAAAAAAAACUUCUAGACAGCCCUCAUCUUUGUUUGUGCACAGGAGUUAUAUGCACAGCGCAAAGCCGGACAGCCAUCAAGUAAAUUAUCCGUAUGUCAGAAUUACCCUAAAGAGCAGGCCUUUGUUAGAGCCACUGACGUCAUUGUCCUUUAAAGUCGUGUUGUUACCACAUUCAGCACAAGCAAUGUGCAGGUGCAGAGACAGAGAUGGACCGUAUCGCGUUUGCUGUCCUGACUUUAUUUUUUGUCUUUUACAGCGUGACUUAUUUUGUUGCAGGAGAAUUAGAUGCUCUCUCCUGCCCUGAAUAUCAGGAGGGCUUUGCUGGAUCCUGCUACAAGUUUGUGGGUCUGCAGCGUCCUUUCCUCGGUGCCCAGAAAUGGUGCGAGAGAGGAGGAGGACACGUAGCCUUCAUCCUGAAUGACGAGACGCAGCGGUUCCUUCAGAGGCACCUCGAUCCAAAGAAAGACUGGUGGCUCGGACUGGCGCCUGCUGCACCGAACCUCACUCUGGAAACUGAUACCACUGCGGUUUCUCUGGCGUGGCUGGAUGGCUCAGAUGUCAGCUACGAUAAUUGGGCGAACAAGCCUGAUGCACAAGCAUCCUGUGGACAUAUUGUCAAAAUGUCAGGCUUCCGGUGGCAAGCGUCAGAAAAUUGUACUCAGGAACUUAACUUUAUCUGCCAGUUUGAUUCUAGGAGAUCUAUUGCCUGUGACGGCCAAAACGCCACAUUGCAGUGCGGCUCUGGUCAAGUCAUAGAAAUAGAUGACAGCUUCUAUGGUCGAAAAACAGUUCACUACUGCCGGACCAAACUCCCCACCACGCCCUCACCUCCUCAGGAUAAGUGCACCUGGACAGAUGUCGCAGACUCGGUGAAAGGCAGUUGCCACGGACUGCAGGCCUGCCAAGCUCCAGCAGAUGCCAAGUCUUAUGGCGAACCCUGUCCUCUGUUAGGAAGUUACUUGUCUGUGGAGUACCACUGCAAAGAUGGACUCCACUUGCUGAUGAGUAACUUGGCAGCGGUAUUUGAUAAUGUUACUAUCAAUAUCAAGUGGCUCCUGCAACCUUAUGCGGGAAACCUCACAUGCGCUCUGAAUGCUGGAGAUGGCCUCACUAUUGAUGCCAUCACCCCAGAAGAGACGGAGAGCACAGUAAUGCACAAAUUCAAAACCCCUGGACUUUUCGUGGUCACAGUGGAGUGUUCUACCAGUGAUUGGCAUGUGACAGCCCAAAAAGCCAUCAGCAUCCAGGAGCCUGUGGGUCAGUUUGGAGACAUCAAGUGCCAUAGUACCAACACGUCAGAAGGUAGCACUAACUGCACCCUGCUUUACAACGGAGGGUCUGUUGAAGUUCAGGUCACAGUGGAAACAGGCACAAACGUUACCUACAUACUUCAAUAUGAGGAUGUUAUACUUGCAAACACCUCGGCUGACCAAGGGAUCACACCGCACAAUGUUACAUUGAAUUCAAGUGCAGUGGAGCAGCUUAGGCGUGGCUGUAACAACCUGACUUUAAGCGCCUUCAAUAAGGUCACAACCCAAGCAGUGUCCACCCAGUUUGAACUGUGUCUGCUGGAGCCUGUUGAGGGGCUGCAAGCCUCAGUGAUAGCAGAGGAUGACCAGUGUCCCGACUCCAGUGACCUCAUCGUUGGUGUCUCGCUGGAGCGUGGAGCCCCUGUGCAGCUUCUCUUUACACUGACUGUCAACAAUGUCACUCACCUGGAGACCAGAGACAUGCUCAAUGGAAGCUCACAAAUGUAUACCUUUGGAAGGCCAGUUGAAGGUUUGUUUGAAUUGACUGUGCAAGCUGUGAAUGCUUUCUCGGCCUCUGAUUUUAACAUGAGCCUAGAAAGCAUAUUCCUGGCAUGCAAGAACUACUCUGACUUUGAAAACAUGACUGCUGGUGAAUCUUAUGACUUGAAAGUAAUUUCUACUCCAGAAUCUGUGGUUGACUCCACUCACAAUGUCACCCUCAGCAUUAAUGGAAGUGUGUCAUUACCCAGCAAAGGACUCAAAUAUAAGUGGAAAUGUAGAGGGGACUGCAAAUGCAGCAAUCAAACAAAUUACGAAACUCACGUGAUUGACAAACAGUGUCUUCCGAAUCCAUUUGAGAUGGCCGUCUACACUGUGACUGUGAAGAAAACGGCCUGGUUUAGAAAAUGGGUCCGACUAGCUUCUGCUUCCAAGUGCAUUGCUGUUGUUCCAGAGGAAUUAAAAAAUGUCACCAUCAGUUGUGAUAAUUGCACUUCAAUUAAUGUGAGCAACCCUGUAAAGCUGAGACUGAGCUGUGGGGCGAGUUGCCCAGAUGUCAACUGGUACAUGGAGGAUCCAAAACCUCUGAGGGGUGAUCUUAAAAACUGUUACUCACACGAAAGAAGAAGGCCACUGAUGAAGAAGCAACAGGGCAACUCUGAGUUUCUUGUAAACAUCCAACAGCUGAAAUAUUCAAGGGAGAAUUUGGUUAACAUCACUGUGAUUGUUCAAGGAAAAUCAGAGCUAGGUUAUGCCAAGUACACACUACCCAUACCGGAUCCGGGGCCAACUGAAGCCCCUUCAGAUGCCGCCCCUCCGACGUGCAGCAUCUUUCCACUAUCAGGCACUGUGCUUGACUCAUUCGAUAUCAUCUGCCAAGCUAGUUCUUUCUGUUCUUCAGGCUGUCUGUAUUGCUUCAAGACAGACAGAGGCAAACAUCUGCGUUGCAGUAAUAAAGAAUUGGUGAAAUCUGUUUUAUUGCCCGUUGGAGAUGAGAAGAACAAUUACAAUUUGUCUAUUGUGGUGACUGUCAAAAAUAAAUAUACAGAAGUUACCACGACCGUCCACACUCAGGUUCGGAACAACAACUCCAGUGCUUCCGUGGAGACUCUGCAGUCAGUUUUAGAAGACACAGUCUCCCAGUUAGAGCAGGAUGGUCUUCUCUCUGGCGAGGCCCUCGGCCAAAUAGUCACCUCUGUAGCUGACAUGCUCAACGCCGAGACUGACGAGGAUCAGAAGGACGCAAGGAAGAAGCUUAGAGAGCAGAUGCUGACCAAAAUGACCACAGUGCUGCUGGACUCUCCAUCAAACACCAGUCACGAGGUACAUGUGACAGCCAGAGCUGUGGCUGAACUCACACAGCGCUCAGAUGAGCUCAGCCCCGCUGCCCAGGAAGAAGCAAGUUCAUUGCUGGUGGACCUAAGCUCCUCCCUCAACACUAUCAGUGUUAAUCAGGAUAUUAGCGGUGACGAUGGAGAAGUUGUGGAUGGAGCUGCACCAAUAGUUGAAGCGGCCAGUAAUAUUUUGAAUGCUUCGUCAAAUCAAAAGGUUUCCAACUCCCUUUUGACUGGGAUAAACAAUGUACAGAAUGCCUUGUUGAAUCAUAAAAAGUUGAAUGGAGAUCCUAUCAUCAUUGACUCUAAUCAGAUCAGUGUGUAUGUCAACAGACUUUCUCCAGAAAACAUGCAGAUGCAGGAUAUAAACAUCGAGAGGGGCAGCGCGUCUAGAUUUUCUUUUCCAACUCUGCCUUCUGAUGUUUUCUUAUCAGAUGAGCCUGUGGAUGUCAGAAUGAUGAGUUUUGAAAAGAACCCGUAUUCGUGGAAAGGUGGAAACAUUUCGGGAACUGUGGGAUCUGUGUCUCUCACAAGAACGAAUGGCACUGUCAUCCCUGUUAAGAAUUUGCCUGAGGAAAUUGAGAUUAUCCUCCCCAGGCUGGAUGUUGGGCAGGAGAACAGUACAGUUCUGGACCUGGCCAAUUUCAGCACGUUAAUAAUCGAUGUUCCUUCACCUGACGUUACAUUGGUGCUGAAAAUGGAUCCCUCUGAAAACAUUACCUUCGUGGUACUCCUGGGGUACAAGAAUUAUCCAACAACUGAGGAUUAUGUGGCCAAAACUCAGAUGCCUCUUGAGAAUGUGAAAGAAGAGGAAAAAUAUACCUGGGUCCUCAGUCCGAAAGAAAGAACAGGAGACGCUGGCGUGCACUUUCUCGUCCUGAAGCCCAAAGUAGAACCAGGUGUCAAAUCUGUUAAUGCCACAGUCAGCAUUGUAACCAUUGCAGCCCAGUGCAAGUACUGGGAUGAAGAAGGGUCGUCUUGGAGUGAAGAGGGCUGCAGGGUUGGCCCACUCACCACGCCUUUGCUCACUCAGUGUCUGUGUAACCACUUAACUUUCUUUGGAAGCUCUUUCUUUGUCAUGCCAAACUUAGUGGACGUGUCGCGCACCGCAGAGCUUUUCGCCACUUUCUUUAAUAAUCCUGUGGUUGUGUGCUUUGUGGGGGCCAUUUUCUGUGCUUAUCUUCUGGUGGUUGUAUGGGCGCGCAGAAAAGACAUCCAGGACUCAGCGAAGGUCAAAAUAACCGUGCUUGAAGAUAACGACCCAUUGGCAGAAUACUGCUAUAUGCUGACUAUCGGCACAGGGCAUCGGCAUGGUGCAUCCACCUCCUCACAGGUGACGCUAACCCUGCUGGGGAGAGAGGGUGAAAGUGAACCCCACCACCUGAGUGAUCGAGAGAAACCUCUGUUUGAAAGGGGCGGGGAGGAUGUAUUUCUCUUGACCACACACUUUUCCCUUGGAGAGCUACAGAGCAUCAGGCUGUGGCACGACAACUCAGGCACACACCCUGCAUGGUAUGUCAACAAAGUAAUGGUGCAAGAUCUGGAGACUGGACAGAAGUGGCACUUUCUCUGUAAUUCCUGGUUUGCUGUCGACGUCGGGGAGUGCACUCUCGACAAGGUCUUCCCAGUGGCCACUGAAGAGGAUCUGAAGAGAUUUAGCAAUCUGUUCUUUAUGAAGACCGCUAAGGAUUUCCGUGAUGGACACAUCUGGUUCUCGGUCAUCAGUCGACCUCCAUGCAGCACCUUCACUCGUGUACAGCGAGUGUCCUGCUGCUUUUCCUUGCUGCUCUGCACGAUGUUGACUAGCAUCAUGUUUUGGGGCAUCCCUACGGAUCCCUCAGAGCAGACCAUGGACCUGGGUCACAUCGAAUUCACCUGGCAACAGGUCAUGAUUGGCAUUCAAAGUUCGAUCAUCAUGUUUCCUAUCAAUCUCCUCAUUGUGAGCAUCUUCAGAAACACUCGUCCUCGGGAAAAAGCGCCGAAAUCUGACAAGACCAAGCAGGGGAAGACUGUUCGAGUGUCGCCCUCGCAAACCUCUUCUCCUCAGAAAGAGCAGAAGGACAUCACACCAGACACAGUGCUGAAGGACAUAAAAAGGAUAGCCCAGUCACUGUCAAAGGCCAUGAAGAGUCCCCUCCCUCAUUUGGCCCUUCGACCUGGUCAACAGACUGAUAUCAACACUCUUUUGUCUCUGGUGGAAGACAUCAUUAGGCAGCAAAACCGAACCUCUUCUGACUUCUACACUGAUACCGCUAAAAGAGAACGCUCAAUCCUCAGUCUAGGGGCAGUCGAUCUUCAAGAAAAGAGCAUUUGGGGCAGUCCAGAGAAGACCUCAGAUGGGGUUCAGAAGAAGAGCAACAACAGCAGGUAUCUGUACAGGCAGCUGCGUCAUGUUGAGAAGAAGCUGGGUUUUCUGGGAUCAUCUCGAUUUCCAAACCCAGACAUCUAUAACAAAGCCAUGCAGCAAGUUCAGGGGAUGAAGAAUCUGCUCGAGUUUCACCUGCCAUCUCACAGUCUAGAUGGAGAACAAUCAGAGCGUAGUCCCAGUCCAGAAGAGAGUGUCAACAAGGGCCCUGCCAAGAAAUGUUGUCAAGGCGGGCUGCCCUGGUGGUUUGUCUUUGUUGGCUGGAUAUUGGUGAUAGCAACCAGCGGUGUAUCUGGAUACUUUACCAUGAUGUAUGGGCUGACCUACGGGAAAGAUCGCUCUAUAAGCUGGUUGAUCUCCAUGGUGGUGUCCUUUUUUGAAAGUUUGUUCAUCACACAACCACUGAAGGUUCUUGGCUUCGCUGCUUUCUUCGCUCUUGUUCUGAAAAAGGUGGAUCAGGAGGAAUACGGAGAGCCUCAGAUUGACGAGAGCCUCAAGAAUUCUGAUGAUCCAGAUGGGGUGCGAGCAGCACGGAGAGACAGCACGUGCAGUUUCUACCAGCCACCACCUCCAACAGACAUAGAGAAGAUGAGAAACAACAUGAUUAAAGAGCAGAAAGUAUUUGCUCUCAUUAGGGAGAUUCUUGCCUACAUGGGGUUUAUGUGGAUGUUGCUCCUGGUGGCAUAUGGACAGAGGGAUCCCAAUGCUUAUUUCCUGACCCAGCAUAUUCGACAGAGCUUUAGCAAAGGCAUCUCUGACACGAUGAGCAUUCAAGAUGUGUUCAACUGGGCAAACACAACUCUUCUGAGCAACUUGUUCGGAGAACACCCAGGCUUCAUCACAGACGGAAACUCAAAGCUAGUGGGGAACGCCCGUCUGCGCCAGCUGAGGGUACAGAACAACUCUUGUCACGUGGCACGUCGCAUGCAACAGGCUGUGCAUGACUGUCAUGCGCUGUACUCAUGGGAGUCAGAGGACAUGGGCUCCUACAGCCCAGGCUGGAAUGACUCGGAGGCCGAUAAUACAUCACAGAACCUUCCCAGUCCCUGGAAGUACCAGUCCCAGAGUAAACUGAGGGCCUACCCCGUCUGGGGAAGCAUGAUGCUCUACAGGGGCGGAGGCUUUGUGGUGGCUCUUGGACCAGAUUUAGACAACUCCAGCAGAUCGCUCCAGUAUCUUUAUGAAAACCGCUGGCUCGAUGUGUACACCCAAGCAAUAUUUGUUGAGUUCACCGUGUACAACGCCAAUGUCAACCUCUUCUGCAUUGUCACACUCAUGCUGGAGACCACAGCCAUAGGGGCUUUCCAGUUCCGGAGUGAGCUCCAAAAUGUUCGGCUGUACCAAUCGACUGGGGGCCUCCACAUCUUCGUCAUGGUCUCCGAAGCCAUCUACUUCCUCUUCAUUAUUUAUUAUAUGUUUGUUCAGGCAAAGCUGAUGAAGCAACAGAGAUGGGCUUAUUUCAAGAGUAAAUUGAACCUGCUUGAGCUGGCAAUCAUCCUUCUCAGUUGGAGCGCCCUCUCCGUCUUUAUCAAGAGGACUCUGCUGGGGAAGCGGGACAUGGAGUACUACCAGAACCACAAAGACCAAUAUGCCAGUUUUCACGAGACAGCCAAGGCCGAUGCAGUGCUGGGCUAUCUGAUUGCCUUCCUGGUGCUGUUGGCCACAGUGAAACUGUGGCACCUGCUGAGACUCAACCCUAAGUUGCACAUGAUCACAGCAACACUCCAGCGAGCCUGGACUGAUAUCUCUGGCUUCCUGGUGGUCCUGACCAUCAUGUUUCUGGCCUACUCUAUCGCUUCUAACCUGAUGUAUGGGUGGAAGCUGUAUUCCUAUCGCACUCUAUUUAACGCUGCCCAGACCAUGGUCAGCCUGCAGCUGGGCAUCUUUAACUACGAGGAGAUUCUCAAUUACAACCCCAUCCUGGGUGCCUUCCUCAUUGGCUCCUGUAUCGUGUUUAUGACGUUUGUGGUGCUCAAUCUCUUCAUUUCUGUCAUCCUUGUGGCCUUCAGUCAAGAGCAGAUACAUCACAAGCCAUCCGAGGAGGAAGAGAUAGUGGACCUGAUGAUGAUGAAACUUUGUAGUCUGUUCGGAAUUAAAUGUAAGAGCAAGCAAGUGGACGACGGCCUGACCGAGAAGGUCGGACUUUCAUCUGCUUCCGAUAAUGGAAUCUCUACAAUUUCUCCAGGGCGUGUUGACAACCACUCGUAUGUUCUACUUUAGUCAACUUUAUUAUAAUAUAUAAUGUAAAAGCAUGUGUGCUUUGCUACUGUUGUUGCUUUUCGGCGUUUGCUUCAUUCUGUGCUGUUGACUGCAUGUCACAGCCCAAGUAAGUGCUUUAUUUAUUAACUAUAUUCUCCAGAUAUGUCUAUAUUGUAAGAGAAGCCGAAUCAUUUAGAAAUUGUAGGAAUUAAUAUGUAUCGUACACAUUGAAGCACUCAAUUUAUGCUGCUGUAUAUUUAAAGCCCACUUGGGUCAUGACAGUGAUUCUAUUGAGUAGAAUAAUAUUUGCUCAAAGUGCCAUUUUGUAUUUAUAACAGCGUGACCGCUUAGAUCCUGAAAAUGUUUUUUGUUAUUCUGUAAACCACUUCUUCAGUAGAGUAAAAUGUAUUCCCAAAAAAUCGAAUGUCUUUCCUGUGCAACAUGAACAAUAGCUGCUGAAAAGAGAUGAAAACAUAUAUUUAAGCAUUAUGUGGCAUUUAUUUUGAUGGUAUUAUCAGAUUGUACAAACAAAUCCUUGAAGUAAGUGUGCUUUCAAAUUAACGUGUUAUGAUCGACUAAAAAACGUGAAGUGCUUUUCUAUUGUGUGGUGUACUUAUGGGGAAUUUGCGCACCUUUGUGGAGUUGCCCUCUGUAGAAGAGAUGCAGGAUGGGGAACAUGGAAUAGAUGAAUGUAAUAGGGCGAGCAGUCAGAUAUAAAAGAAAAGAAAAGAAAAGAAAGCAAGCAUGAUAGGAAACAAAACCAACAUUAUUACGAUAAAAUGUUCCUUUAAGUAAUUUUAACCAUUUGUGCAAUGC